UCAAUCAUCUCUCAUGAAUGAAAGCCCUUUUACAACUGUGGCCACUUAGCAUUUAUGAUCCAAAGAGACAUGGAAAACAGAAACAGAGAGAAAACGAGAUUACAUAAAAAGAAAAAGGAAAAAAGAAAAAAAGAUCCCAUCUUUUGAAUGGGGCUUUCACGAGACGUCCCUGAAUUCUCUGCUUUGAAUUCAUCAAACUCCCUCAUAUCUUGGAAAUGAGCCGUGAAAAUCUCUUCCCUCUCUGCAUAUUCAUGAAUGUAGUUUCCAUCAUUGAUUCCUCAUAACAUUUUUCUUUUCUUAUCUCUAAAUCGAUUUUCUGUUGCAUGUCUCUAUGAACUAACAAGGCAUCGUGUCCUUUUCUUUUUUCCAAGUAAGUAUCUGUGCAAAUGGAAACUUUGUUGAUUAUUAACUCAGAAACUCGGUAUGUUUUCAUUUAGUCCUUUUUUUUAUCGAUUCAUGAAAACCCAUAUUUCCUUUCAAUUUUUCUACGGUAUCCAUGUUUUUGAAUCAGUUCAUGCACUUUCUAAAAUCAAUUCACACAUUCAGAAGGAGAACUCCUUUUGAUUGUUUGUUUUGACACCCACAAUAUCCUCCACAACUUAAAAACACCCCUAUACCACAGCAAGUGCUAGAGAAAGAAGUGCUGCUUCAAAUGGCAGGUUCCUGUUUCCAUGCGUUUCGCCUUCGAAGAUCGAAGAGCAAACCGUUCACAAUUCCUUCUUCAUCGAAAACCCGAUUCAACUCUGACAUGGAGAACAUGGAGAAGAGGAGAUUUGACAGCUUGGAAUCAUGGUCAAUGAUAUUGGAUUCUGAGAAUGUGGAGGCCUGGGAGGCAUCAAAGGAGGACCAAGAGGAAUGGACUGCUGACCUUUCUCAGCUUUUUAUAGGUAACAAGUUUGCCUCUGGGGCUCAUAGUAGGAUUUAUCGCGGAAUUUAUAAGCAGAGAGCUGUUGCUGUGAAAAUGGUGAGAAUUCCAACCCAAAACGAGGAGACUCGAGCUUUGCUCGAGCAGCAGUUUAAAUCUGAAGUUGCUUUGCUUUCUCGUCUCUUUCAUCCCAACAUAGUGCAGUUCAUUGCAGCUUGUAAAAGGCCACCAGUGUACUGUAUUAUCACAGAAUACAUGUCACAAGGAAAUCUCAGGAUGUAUCUCAACAAGAAAGAGCCCUACUCUCUUUCAACAGAAACAAUACUGAGGCUAGCGCUUGAUAUAUCACGAGGAAUGGAGUAUCUUCAUUCGCAGGGAGUCAUCCAUAGAGAUCUCAAAUCAAAUAAUUUGCUUCUAAAUGAUGAAAUGCGGGUUAAGGUAGCAGAUUUUGGUACAUCCUGUCUAGAAACACAAUGUCGAGAAACCAAAGGAAACAAGGGAACUUACCGCUGGAUGGCGCCUGAGAUGAUCAAGGAAAAGUCAUACACUCGAAAAGUUGAUGUGUAUAGCUUUGGGAUUGUGUUAUGGGAGCUCACUACAGCUUUGCUUCCCUUUCAAGGAAUGACCCCUGUACAGGCUGCAUUUGCUGUGGCUGAGAAGAAUGAGCGGCCUCCAUUGCCAGCAAGUUGUCAGCCGGCACUGGCGCACUUGAUAAAACGUUGCUGGGCAGCAAACCCAUCUAAGCGACCAGACUUCAGUUACAUAGUUUCUGCUUUGGAGAAGUAUGAUGAAUGUGUGAAAGAGGGCCUUCCUCUUACUUCACACCCGGGGCUUGUCAGCAGAAAUGUCAUCCUUGAACGGUUGAAAGGCUGUGUAUCCAUGAGCUCAUCUAUACCUGUACAUGCGUAGUUUCACCUGAAGGUAUUGACAUCCCUUUCAAGUCCAUAAGGUGAUUAACUUGUAUAUGAUGUUCUUUGAAUUUGCUAAGGUCAUGGUCUGCUAAUGGAAUGUCAAUAAGGUCAACAGGGUACUGAUGUGUAGAACCCUACUUUGGAUUAGGCAAAUACAAACAAUUGUUAAGUUUGAUUUUUAGUACGAAACAGAAUGAAUGCGAAGAUCACAGGGGAAAAAAAAAGGAAUAGGAUGCUGCAGUGAUAUUGACAUUAAAUGUGUGUCUGAGGAGUUCCCAAGUUCUAACUUGGAGCUGUUAGAGGGGUUUAUCCAAGUUGUGCUGGCAUGAUGUAGGCCAUCCUCAUUUCCUUGCAAUAGCUAGAAAAACACUAGUAGGUUAGAUUCUUCAAAACCAAACCAGCUAUGGCGAUGUAUAAAAUGAAGGAUGUUUCUAAUAUCUUACUAAUUAAGUUCAUACAUAAUUGUUCCCUUUCUA